AUGAGUAUAUCUCUUGAUCAAGAAGACGCACAAUAUGCUGCUUGGGUUGAACUCUUUCAAAUUCAAGUGUAUGCCUUUAACGUUCUCGACCACAUUGAUGUUAUCGUUUCUCGACCAACGGAGAUUGAUGAUGCUACUUGGAAGCGCUUAGAUGCUAUCGUGAAACUAUGGAUCUACGGAACUAUUUCUCGUGACCUUGUUCACACCAUCAUGAAACCGGGAGGAACGACUCUCGAAUUGUGGACUCGCCUAGAGGAGAUUUUUCAUGACAAUAAGCAUACUAGGGCGGUUUUUUUGGAGGAGCAGUUCACCAAUAUCAAGCUUGAGCAUUAUGCCAACAUGUCCAAUUAUUGUAGGCAAAUCAAUCUCCUUGCUGAUCAACUUGCUAACGUUGACUGUCCAGUAUUCGACUGUAAGAUGGUUAUGCAAUUAAUUACGGGCCUUACCAAGGGUGAAUAUGAUACUGUUGCUACGAUCGUGUCUCAAUCCGAGCCGACUCCAAGCUUUAACAAAGCAAGAUCGAUGUUUCUUUUGGAAGAAACAAGGAAGAACAAGCAAGAGGAGAUCGGGCAACAAGCACUCAUAGCACAUGGUCCCGCCGGUACCACUGCGCCAUCAGCCACGUCAUCUCAGGCUGCCGACAAGCAGUGUGGUGGUGGACGCGGUGGUGGGCGUGGCCGUGGCCGCGGGAAACCAGGCAAGGGCAGAGGUUGA